AUGCCGACGCCGUCGCGUCGCGGUACGUGGUUGCAAGCGGCGCGCAGCGCAAAAUUGGAAGUUGCGGCGACGUCUCAGGAGUACUCGUCUACAUGUCAGCCGCCCGCGGAUUGCUUCGCCACGCACGCAAGCCGGCAGCUGCAGGGCGACGAACUCUCCGUCGGCCACGUGAGGCGCGUUAUCGCGUCUCGCAAGUCUCCACAGCUGGCGGACGGACGCUUCGAGUUGUGA